AUGCAUUUCUCAAUAUUUACUGGCGUUUUGCUCAGCAUCGCGUCUCAUGUAACAGCCAUUGGACAGAAGCAGAUCAUUUCAUUCGAAUCCACCGAUGGCUGCCUCACUCUUGCCAACGGUGGCUCCUCUCCAACCGUCAUCCUAGAUGGCGCCGACUGGGAGGGCGUCAUCAGAGCUGGCCGCGACCUCGCUGCCGACUUUGGCAGGGUCACGGGACAAAAUGGCACCGUCAUGCUGAUGAACGGCACUGGAGUUGCCGCUACGAAUAUGAGCUCAGUGAUCAUUGUUGGCACAAUUGGCAACUCCAGUCUGAUUGAUGGGAUGGCGAAGUCGGGCAAGAUUUCAACCGGAAAGACUGAAGGACAAUGGGAGGCUUUCCAAUCGCAAGUCGUAUCAAACCCUAUGCCCGGCAUCAACAGAGCGCUGGUCAUUGCUGGCGCAGACAAGCGCGGGUCCAUCUACGGCAUCUACGACGUCUCGGAGCAGAUUGGCGUCUCGCCAUGGUACUACUACGCAGAUGUGCCAGCGAAGCAGCACUCCUCGAUCUACGCUCUGGACACCCCCAAACACCAAACCUCACCAUCGGUCAAGUACCGCGGCUUCUUCAUAAACGACGAGCAGCCCGCCCUCACCAACUGGGUCAACGAGAACUUCGAAAUGGGCGAGUACGGACCUGGCUUCAACCACAAGAUGUACGCACCCAUCUUCGAGCUGCUUCUCCGACUUCGAGCGAACUACAUCUGGCCUGCGGAAUGGAACAGUAUGCUCGCAGUCGACGACCCGCGCACACCUCCGGAAGCCGACAUGUACGGCAUCGUGAUGGGAACCAGCCACACCGAGCCGCUGAUGCGCUGGACGAAGGAGCAGAGCUUGUUUUUGAACGGGACAUGGGCGUGGGCUACGAAUGAGAAGAACGUCACCGAGUUCAUGCGCGAGGGCGCCGAGCGCUCCAGCCCCUACGAGAACAUGUAUACCAUGGGCAUGCGUGGGCUCGGAGAUACCGCAUCGCCUACCCUGGACGCUGAUUCGCUGGAGGAUAUUAUUGGUGUGCAGCAGGACAUUCUGCGCGAUACCUUCGAUACUCAGGAUAUUUCGGAUAUCCCGCAGAUGUGGUGCUUGUACAAGGAGGUUGGUGGGUACUUUGAGCAGGGCAUGGACGUGCCGGAAGAUAUCACGCUACUCUGGGCUGAUGACAACUGGGGCAAUAACCAGCGGCUUCCGCUGGCCAACGAGACGGACCGUGCUGCAGGGGCGGGCGUGUACUACCACUUUGAUUAUGUUGGGGACCCACGGGAUUACAAGUGGAUCAACACUAUCAAUAUCGCGAAGACUUAUGAGCAGAUGCAUCUCUCGUACGAGCGUCAGGCGAGGACGAUUUGGGUUGUCAAUGUUGGUGACCUAAAGCCUCUUGAAGUCCCAAUCAGCCACUUCUUCGACCUCGCCUACGACGAGCCAUCCAUGUCCUCUCCAGACAGCACGAUGAAGUGGCUUCGCGCAUGGGCUGCCCGUGAAUUCGGCGAGAAUGUCGCAGACGCCACCGCCUCAGUGAUGAACACCUACGGAAUGCUUGCCGCCCGCCGCAAGUACGAACUGCUGGAUCCAUUCGUCUACAGUAACACCAACUACAACGAGUCGGGCCGCGUGCUCGGGGAGUGGCAGUCUCUUGUCAACUCCGCGCAAGCUAUUUACAACCAGCUCGACACCGCCACGCAGGCCGCUUUCUUCGAGCUGGUGCUGCAUCCGUGCAUGGCUGGCAACAUUGUUCACCAGAUCUACCUCAAUGCGGGCAUGCAGAACACGUAUGCGUACGAGUGGCGGCAGUCUGCGAAUACCUUGGCGCAGCAGGUGCUGGAUUCUUUCAAUGCGGAUGCUGCGUUGACGAAGCGGUAUCAUUCGCUGCUUAAUGGGAAAUGGAAUCACAUCCUCGAUCAAACGCAUCUUGGCUACAACUGGUGGCAACAACCAAUGCGCAACGUCGCCCCGGCGUUGGAGUGGGUCCAGGCUUCUGAGGUCUCGCUUGGAGGUCCAUUGGGUGUUACGGCAGAAGGCUCGAAUGGGUCUGCGCCUGGAGACAGCAUCUACAACGCCGGCUUGGGUAAUUGGGUCCAGACCAUGCCUCCAAUCGACCCCUACGGCCCUUCGUCUCGCUACCUCGACGUCUACAUGCGCGGCCCAGGGUCCACAGAUUUCAUGAUCUCAGCGGACCAGCCAUGGGUAACGGCAUCCCCAUCGUCAGGCACCCUCGGCGCCAACGGCAGCCUGGACAUGCGUGUGCUCUUCUCCGUCGACUGGUCCUCGGCUCCCGCUGGCCAAACCACUGUCAACAUCAACAUUACCAACAGCGCUGAAGACUAUGGCAGCGUCAGCAUGCCCACUGCGGUGCUUCCCGUCAACAAGACCAGCGUCCCAGACUCCUUCUCCGGCUUCGUCGAGAGCGACGCCACCAUCAGCAUGGAAGCCGAGCACACCACCUCCAACACCUCCGCAGACGGCGUCUCAUACGGCAUCAUCCCCGGCUACGGCCGUACGCUGUCUGGCGUCACACUCUUCCCCGUCACCGCCUCUUCGCAGAGCGCACCCAACGGCCCCAAGCUGACCUACGAUUUCUACGCCUUCACCCACGCCCCGGACGCCAACGCCACCGUCAUGAUGGGCACGAGCCUGAACACCAACCCCGAUCGUCCUGGCCGCUACGCCAUCGCGCUCGACGACGAAGAGCCAAAGGAGGUCCAGCCGGUGCCGGACUUCACUCUUGGUGCGCUGCCGGAGAUGUGGUAUACGGGUGUUGCGAACGCGGUGUUCACGAAUACGACGAGGAUGAAUAUCAAGCCGGGGAAGCAUAGCUUGAACUUGUGGGCACUGGAGCCGGGAGUGGUGUUCCAGAAGAUCGUGGUUGAUUUGGGAGGGGUGAGGGAGAGUUAUUUGGGCCCGCCGGAGAGUAUGAUGGUGUAG